ACGGGCGUUGUAAACACAGAAGACGAUUCCUGAGUAAUCUGUCUCAAGGACCAAAACGACAUCAUAUUCCAAAAUAACGUAUUAGGGGCACCGUUUUAUUCAUCAAUGCUAUGCUGUGACCUCUAGUAGCCUGAAGCCAUGGACUUCUACAUCAACCUGAAGGUGAAUUUCAGAGGAAAUGCGAAGAAUUUCCUUCUGUCCGGCUCGGAAACGAAGAGCUGGGAGUCAAUGGAGGCCAUGGUGAAAAGGUCCUUUGGCUUGUGCAAUCUGCAGGUGACAUACUAUGAUGAGGACAAUGAGGAGGUCUCCAUAAACAGUCAAUUGGAAUAUGAGGAAGCUCUGAAGAGUGCUGCUCGGCAAGGCAAUCGGCUGCAGAUGAACGUGUAUGAGACUAGGGGCCCAGGUGCAAGGGGCCCAGCCCCCGGCUCCUCCAAGCCCAGCAGCGCCACCGAACCCAAGAAGGGCUUCCGCCCUCCCCAGCAGCACUGCCCAGCUCUCACUCAGGUGGUCAGCCGCAAAGUCCAGGCUGCCAUGCCCGAGCAAGGCAUGGUCAUUAUGAAGGAGCUGAAGGGGACCAAAGAGGAGGAUAAGACCCCACCAGCAUGGUUCACAUCUUACAUGGAGAAGUUCAAGGACCAGGUGGUGCGUGAGGCGGUGGAGAAGAUCUGUCGGGAAUUCUCUGGCCAGUGCUGCAUCCAUAAGCCGGUGGGAGCAGAGGCUCAGGUCCCCGAGGUCAGCUCGUCCACGCUGCCAGGGGCUCCCAGCUCCGCUCCGGCCUGCAGCAGCUGCCGGGGCCAGACCGCCGGGGGAGGCUACCAGUGCAGUGUGUGUACGUCCUGCACCUUGUGUGAGCCCUGCAGCUUCUCCCACGACCCCAGCCACAGCCUCGUCAGGGCCAGGACGCCCCUCUCCAUCCCAGAACACGGAUCCCCCGCUCCGGACCACAGCAGGUUUUACCGGCGCGGGGACCGGAGCUUCCGCAAGGCCGAGAAGCAGCGGCUCAAGGCGGAGAAGCGGCAGCUCAAGGCCGAGGUCAAGGAGAUCCGCAAGCAGCUGAGGAUGGAGAGGCGGGGCCUGCAGUGGAGCGCCGCCGGAGACGGAAGCUCCUCCCCGGUCCUGCUCCAGCCCAGAGCCACCCAAGUCAACAGCCCCGAGCGACCAAAGCGUCCGUGUCCUCUGGCAGUGCCCGCCAUGACGGCUCUGUUCUUGGAUGAGAACUUACCAGACGGAACCCGCCUGCGCCCCGGCACCAAGUUCAUCAAGUACUGGAAGAUGAAGAACACUGGCAGGGUGUGCUGGAACUCUGAUACAAAGUUGAAGUUCAUGUGGGGGAACCUGGCGGUGGGCUCGGGGGACCGCUGGCGUGAGGUGCCGGUGCCGUCGCUCCAGCCAGGCCAGGUGGGCGUGGUGAGCGUGGCGCUGUGCGCCCCCGCCCUGGAGGGCUCCUACACGUCCCACUGGCGCCUGGCGCACGCCGGCGAGCAGUUCGGCCCGCGCGUCUGGUGCAGCAUCGUGGUGGACCCCCACGCCCCCGCCGCCGUGUCCGUGGACGGCCUGCUCGUGUCCCCCUGCGUCACCCCACAGCUGGGUAAAACGGCCCACUCUCCAGACAAGGGAGACAAGGAGAGCGCUGUCCCCAGGGUGCUCAUGUCCGUGGAGCAGGACUCCGACCGGGAGUUCUACAUCCCCUCCGUGGACCUGCUCACAGCUCAGGACCUUCUAUCUUUUGAACUUCUGGAUAUAAACAUAGUCCAGGAACUGGAGAGUGUGCCAAACAACACCCCUGCAGAUAUGACCCCCUGUAUGUCGCCCCUGCCCCACGAGGGACUUCUGCAAGAGAAACAGUCCCUGGCACUCAUCCAGGAAGAGGCAGAGGCUCAAGGAGUGAAAAGCAUUCUGGACACGGCCCAGACCCCCGAGCUGAACCUGGUCCCUGCCCAGGAGGAGGGCGAGGAGGAGGACAUCAGCGGGCCGCAGUACGUCUGCGAGACGGUCAUCCGGUCACUCACUCUGGAGGAGGCCCCAGACCGUAGCCGCCUCUGCUCCAGCAUCCCUAGCAAACUGGUGCGUCCGGCGGUGCAGGGCUCAGCCUCCCUGGGCGAGAGGAAAGUGCAGAAAGCUCCAGAGGCCAUCGUGGUGGUGCCCCGUGCUCCCCCCACUGUGCAUAUGGAGCAGCGCACGGCAGGAUCAGCUGAAGGCCAGGAGUCCGACAUCGAGAGCAUCUCCGUCGACACUGGUCACCAGGGACGAAGGGAGAAGGAGGACGCCAAGAGGAGGACUAAAGACGACGAGGAAGACGAGGGGGGCAAGGAGCUUCGAGACACCGAGGACGGCAAGGAGUCGCGAUCGCGGACGUCCUCGGCGUCGUCCGAGGACUACAUCAUCAUUCUGCCGGACUGCUUCGACACCAGCCGGCCCUUGGGAGAGUCCAUGUACAGCUCGGCCCUCUCCCAGCCCGGAGACAGCCUGGAGAGCCAGGGGGACGUGGGACGACUCACCCCCGAGGGGGAGCGCAGCGAGGCGGAGGAGGCUGCCGCCGCGUGCCUUGGCUCCAGAGUUAGCGUCGGCGUCGGCGCCAAUGCUAACGACAUGCUGUGCACUUCACAGACGCUGGACGCGGUCCCGCUCACCCCAGUAGUGGUGACGGCACCUCAGCCCUCAGUAUCAGCCAGCUCAGAGAAUCAGGAUGAGAGGGAAGUUCUGGAUGGGAGUGAAGUCCACCAGUCAACAGACCAAGAAAAUGUUUCAGAUGUGGUCCAAACUCAGCCAGGUAGCCCAUCAACCCCCAAGACCAGAGACUCUGAAACACAGGACCUCAGUUCCCAGGGCAUUACUGGGGGGCUGGUGAAAGGUGCUCUCUCUGUGGCAGCGUCCGCCUACAAGGCUCUCUUCACCGGGCAGCACGGCGCAGAUCCACCUCCCGAGGAUGCCGCAACACAGGACGCCAUGAUGGCCGUGCUGGUGGAGAUGGGCUUCGGCGACCGGCCGCUGAACCAGCGGUUGCUGCAGAAACACAACGGCAACCUGCUGGAUGUGGUCAAUGAGCUGGUGCAGAUGACGGACAACGACUGGUUUUCCACCCGAUACUGAGAUGGCGGCGAAAGGGUCACAACUUGCCCUCAUCUCUCUCUCUCUCUCUCUCUUUCUCUCUCUCUCUCUCUCUCUCUCUCUCUCUCUCUCUCUCUCUCUCUCUCUCUUUCUCUUUCUCUCUCUCUCUCUCUCUUUCUCUGUUCUUUCUGUUCUUUCUCUCUCUGUCAUUCCACCAACUGGAAGUUCUCUAACUCGUUAUCUUUUGGUUGCUUGUGCGGAAACGAGUACUUUUGAUUUUCCGUGUCUCAGCACUACAGGUUAUGGUCUGACUGUGAACCGAUGAGACAUUCCAGUGUUGGAACACAAAAUGAUUUUAACGUCUAGAGGCCCGUUGAUGAAGCUCUCUUUUUAGAGACAGUCCUAUCCUAAAACCGUCUUUCUUCCACUCUCAGAACACAAUUCCGCAGGCAAAACAUUAAGGUUGUAAUCCUGUAAUUUUGAAGAUUGUUCACAAUAUGAACUUAUAGGCUUGGCAUGACUAAAAGUUUAGCAGCCUCAGAUGUUUUAAAAAUUAAUCCACUAUUUAUAAUCCCAUUGUAGGCAAGUAAAUCGGCUUCAAAAACCGUGGAUAGCAAACUGUAUUAGGAAAUAUAAUACAGGGCUUAUGUCUCAACGGCAAGUAGGCUCUUGUUUUGAUUGAUAGAAGUAUUACAGUAGGAGUAAAUGUCUGUACUGUAAAUGUCUAGACAUGAGAGCUGGUAGGUCUAGUAGACGCUCACUGCGUAGCCACAAUGAAAGCGGCUGCAGAAGCAUUCCAGAAUGUCCUCUAGCACUUUUUUUUUUUUUAAAGUUAUGUCCACUUCAUUUACUGGAAGGAAAAAUACUGGAUCAAAUUGCACUGUGCAGAAUUAUCUCCUGUACUUGAAAGACAUAGGAGUCUUUCAAGGAGACCAUGACAGGGUGUGAAGAUAUUUGAGUUUUUUUAGCAAAUGCGUGCAUGACCAUCGGUAUAGGAAUAAUAAGCUGCACUUAUUGAUUUGUCUAUUAGAUAUACAGGGGAUGUAGACAGGGCAUAUGGUCUCCUGCUCUCUGGCUAUGUAUCAAAGUUCUGGCAUUUUACAAAUAACAAAGUAACUUCAUGCCAUGAUGACGGAGUAUCCUUCAUUUCCUCAUCAAAAAAAAAAGUUCAUACUCAUUCCAUACUCCCAUCAUAACCCUUAUCAAGGAAUAAAUUCCCACUCUUUUGUAUGGUGUAGUGUCAUUGCCUAUGACAAUAAUGUGGGCGUCCCCUUCUUACUGAUAUUGUACUGAAAGCGUAUGUUUGUACAAUGCGAUCACCAUGAAUAUGUCAUUUGCACCCGUAUAACGUAAGAUAAUCAGUUACGUAGUUGUUUGUGAUUUGAGGGACCCAAUGAAAAUAGUUUUACAAGGCAACUAGUCUUAAGAGAAAGGUUUGUUUUGAACUUGUGUGUGUUCAGUGCUUGCUUUCUGAAAAGAGUGCCGUUUGUGCUCAGACCAAGGCUUCUAAGCAUGCAGAGGUUUGUGUUCAUGUGUUGGGUGAGUUGGAAGGGAACAGGAACAGAGAAUAUAUUUGUAUGUAGAUAUCCCAAAAUCAACUGCUAUUGUUUUCUUUUACCUCAACCAAAACUGACAUUUAUAAGUAUCAUUCCAAAUCUUAGGAGGGUUUUGUAUAUUUUAAUAUUGUUUGUUUUCAUAUGUUACACAAAAGAUGCUUUUGGAAAGAAAUCUUGAGGAGAACAUUACGAUUUAAAGGUAUUUCAGCAAUUGCUGGAAUGAAUGGUAUAUGGGUUUUAGGGCAUCAUUCCAUUUGCACUGUAUGUAGGUAGUUGAUGGUAAAGGCUAAUGAUGGAAAAUAUUAAUUUGAGUGAAAAACUUAAGCUUUCAUUCACAAGCUGGAUUUAAUGGCUGUUGCCUUCUGUAAGGUCAAGUGAAACAUUAGGGUAACACUUUGCUAGUCCGCCCGCAGAGAUUUAACACAUCUUCCGUUGGCAUUCAUGUUCUGUAUGUAAAAUGAUUGAACAAAUCUAUGUAACAGUUGUUGAACAAUUACUGAACAUUACCGUAUCCAAAUCCAACUCCAAAUUGUAAUCAACAGAUAGCCUGUUGAUAAUCUGAGUGUCUGUAAAUAAUCUGUGGGCAGAUUAUCCAAAUGAAGUUUGACCAAAACUACCCUGAAUCUGUCUGAAAUGAGAAUAAUUGUUGGUUCUUAAGGAAAAAUAUCUACAAUGUUGAAAUGGAUGAUGUCUUUUAUGUUGUUUUUUUUUCUUUAUUGUCUUAUUUUGCUGUAAUAGUAAGACAUUAAGCUAUAUGUCUAGUAAGACUGGAAUGUUAUUCCUAUGAAAGGAAGCACUUAAGGGUAGUCCAGCUUUGCACUUUCCCCACUUUACUCUAACAGGCAGUAGUAGCCUGUAGCUAUUCUAACGUGAGUUGAUUUGUGCAAAACCACCAGUCUAAAUCCGUUUGUGCUGAAAAUGUAAAACUGCAUCAUACUGUACUUCAGUCUCGUGCUGUGGCCAGUUGCUAGUAACAUCCGGAAUGGUACCAAGUUGUGAAUUGAAUAGACUUGGCUUUCAUGAAUGUAGUGGAUAAGGUAAUUGGCACAUCAUCUGUAUAUGCAACCCCUUGAGUGAGCAACUCUGGGGUCAGGGGCGAUGUCUCGAAGGCUGUAAUGCAUCAUUCAUGUGUACCCAAACAAGUCUAUUCCUUAAGAUAGAGGAGUCCGCUGGAAUUGAAUGGCCCUCUUUAGAUAAAAUAUGUGAUCAUUAGUCUGUCUCAACAGGUAUGAUUACAGUGUGUGUGUGUGUGUGUGUGUGUGUGUGUUCGUGUGUGUGUGUGUGUGUGUGUGUGUGUGUGUGUGUGUGUGUGUGUGUGUUGUGUGUGUGUGUGUGUGUGUGUGUGUGUGUGUGUGUGUGUGUGUGUGUGUGUGUGUGUGUGUGUGUGUGUGUGUGUGUGUGUGUGUGUGUGUGUGUGUGUGUGUGUGUGUGUGUUCGUUCCCCCAAUCAUUCCUACAUUGUCGACUCAAGUCCAGAGUUGCCACUGUCUAGGUUUAAAGUAUUGAUACCAUUGCCUCUGCAGUGCUGUGUGUGUGUGUGUGUGUGUGUGUGUGUGUGUGUGCGCGCGCGUGUUUGUGUGUGUGCGUGUGAGUGGGCUCUAACUGUAAUACUUCAUAAAACACUCAUGUUAUCCAGAUGUGAUGAUCAAAUCUGUCACCAAUAAACAU